CUUUUUGUGUGUGUCAAUUGUGUUGGGACGUUGGGUGCCGCGUAUUAAGGGCAUCGAUGAAUAGAGCACCUGCCACUUUUUAUAUUUCUGUUUUUUUCCCCCUUUGCUUUCCUCUCGACUGGACUAUUUCAUUUUUCUAAUUGUCCCCACGAAGUAAAGAGCUAUAGGAAGAAAGAUGACCUGUUCAUUGUCUCGUGUUUAGAUGGCCGUAUAGUGCUGUGACCCAUUUAGGUUAUAGAUUGAAAUUCAUUAGGUUUUAUGGUUCAUUCAACCCCCAAACGACUUUGAGUUCAAUAAAAAUAUCUCGGGUUUUUUAAUUUUUUAUUUUUUAUUUUUGUAGAAAACCUUUCGACAGCAAGAAGAAUCAAUUGUUGUUGGAUUGAUUUGUCAAAAAGAAAGGAGUAGAAAAAGGAAGACACCCCCACUGGAUUGUCAAUCGCUCCUGCUUGCGGAUGUUGCAGCAAGGAACACGUCGGAUCAUGGACGCGGCGGAUUUUGGAGGUUUCCAGCCAUCUGUCAUGACUUUGUGCCUGCCCAGUCAGUACCACCACCACAAUCAUCACCAUCAUCUGAGUACAAGUCAUGGCGGCAGCUCGUCAGCUGCGGAUUCAUUCCGGCCGUACGGCAGCGGUGGCAACGGCAAUCCGUCGUCAUCGUCUUCAUCGGUGGCGGCAGCGGCGGCGGCGGCUGCCGUUGCGGCUGCAGCCGAUCUGAGUCUCUUCUCGCCGAUGAGCGACAGUCUGAAAGGGCCAGGGCAGCAGCAGCACGGCAACCACUACGGUGGCGGGCCUUUGAGUGCAGGUGGCAGUCAACCGUCGCACAAGCUGAUGUCAAUCAUCAAGAGUCAAGCCGGAUUGAAUAGCGAAGUGGAAAGAAUUCAAUCCUCAACUUCUUCGGCCAGUCUAGGCUCGAACAAGUUGAGACAGUCGACAGCAGUUGCCCCUUCGUCGUCUUCCGCAACCGCCUCCUCUUCUCCGACCAACCGGACGGUUUGUUCGACUCCAUCAGCUGCUGCUGCUGCUGCCUCCAUCUCGCAUCACUUCAAUCUCGGCGGCAAAGAAGUCAGCCCAGGGGGAGGAGGAAUGCACCCUUCCCUAUCACCGUGGUUCAUCCAGCAACAACAACAACAACAACAGAAACCGAUCGGCAGCAACAAGAAGAGGCGCCAGUUGUCCGAAUCCGCUUCAGGUAGCGAUGACGAGCACUUCCAUCCGGAUGACGGCGGAAUGGAGCAUCACAACAGUCUGUCCGAAGGGGAGACAUCCGGUGGUGGAAGCGGAAGGAUGGGUCCGUCGCAUCACCACCAAACGGUCAUGGGUUUGGGCGGAAUGACAGGAGCCGGAAUGUCGUCGGUGGCUGGCGGCGGAUUGACGACUAGCAAUCCGGCCGGCGGAUCAUCCCGCAAAAACCGACAGGGCAAAGCCGUCCGGCUGAGCAUCAACGCUCGUGAGCGGAGACGAAUGCACGAUCUGAACGACGCCCUGGACGAAUUGCGCAGCGUCAUCCCUUACGCCCAUUCGCCGUCCGUCCGCAAAUUAUCCAAAAUCGCCACUUUGUUGUUGGCCAAAAAUUACAUCAUGAUGCAGGCGAACGCGCUGGACGAGCUCCGACGAGUCGUCACUUACAUGAACCAGACGACUGGAUUAUCCAUUCCGGCUUCCGUCACGGCCAUGAUGACCAAUCCGCCUGGGAGCAAUCUCCAGCCCAGUGGACCCAACGGCAGUCCCAUGCCAGUCGGAGGAUCGACGGCAGUUCCUGGGCAAUCAUCGCCCACGUCCGCUGAAUCCGGUUGUCCGGCCGGAAUGCUGGCAGAGUCGCAAUCGAGCAAUGCAAGUGCCAGCAGCAACAGCAGCAGCUUUGCUAUCUCUGGGCUACUCAAUAAGUCAUCGGCGCCGGUCGGUGCACCUCCGGCAGCAGGCAAGGCCACCAACAACAACGGUCAAUAACUCUUUCGCAAUCUAUUUGAACGUUUUUCGUUUUUUUUUUUUUUUUUUUUUGUUGGAAUUUCUCCU